UGCGAGAUAAAAAUAAUAAUAAUAAAUGAUGUGAUAUAAGCAGUACCUCACCUUUUUGCUCCUUAUAAUAAAGUUUUUUCUUUCAAGUGAAACUUUCUGACUGAAUUCAAAGAGCUGUAAUAUGUUUCCUUGCUAACUGAAUUCAAAGAUCUAUAUUAUGUCUAGCGUUAAAAGAGAUGAAUUUCGGUUUACUUGGGUAAUUGAAAACUUUUCGUUUUGUAGCUAUGAUGUAAAGCAUGCGUUACGUAGUCCCCUAUUUAUUGUAGAAUAUUUAGGUGAAAGUAAUUGGUAUUUGACGUUGUAUCCAAGAGGAGAGAACAAAAAUAAAAUCAAAUUCAUAUCGUGUUUCUUGUGCAAAUGGGACAAUCGAAAAUGUGAAAAAUGUUGUUUUCCGUUCGAGUUCAGAAUUGAAAUAAUUGGUGCAAGUGGCAAAAAGCUUAGGACUUUUGGAGGAAAUUAUAAACCGCCAGAUGAGAUUUUUGAAUGGGGAAGCUCUGAAUUUCUAGAAAUCGAACAAAUAAAAAAAGAUGUUGAACUGAGCGCUGAAGAUACACUGACAAUAUGUUGUUACUUGUACCGACCCAAUUUCAUUGGAAAAAUUCCGACUGGUCGCUUUGCAAGAACGAAAAUUGCUGUUGAUCGAGUAUCUUUUAAAAUGAAUGCUUUUGUUUAUGGAUUUAUAAAUGUGCGAAAAACUGUUGAUCUUCCAGAAGGAAAUAGUUUCGAAUGUGUCAUCAAUAGAACUAUCAGUUCUUUUAAAAUUAAUAUUAUUAAAGUAGCGUCCAACGACGAAAAAUGCCAUUUCGUUGAGUGCAAGAUCUCAUUGAUUUAUGCUGACGUCAUCUGCACCCAAAAGGCAUCACAUUUCUUUAACUCAAAAGAUCUCCCAGAUACCUGGUCAUUUCCUGCAGACGCCAUCUUUGAUGUUUUACGAGAUUACAAGGAUUUUUACCUGUGUUUUUUCUGGGAGUUUUCUUGUUCAAAUGGAAUAGAACUUACUUCACUUACAAGUGGAAUACAAUCCAGUAUUUCGACCACCUAUGGCCGACCUUCGAAUUAUUCCACUUUACAAAAUGACAUGCGAUGCAUGUAUACGAAGAAUAAAUUUUAUGAUGUCAAAUUGAGAGCGGAAAAUCGUAUUAUAGAAGCGCAUAAAUAUAUUUUAUCUGCUAGAUCAACUGUGUUUUCUUCAAUGCUUGAUAACACAGAAAGUCCCGUAGAUAUUGUUGAUAUCGAUUUCAAUGCUCUGCAGCUACUUAUAGAAUUUUUAUAUACUGAUAACGUAAGUGAUAUGGAUUUCGAAAGUGCUAAGGUUCUCUUGAUAGCCGCUGAAAAGUAUAAAGUGGUGUCGCUCAUACACAUGUGUGCUUCAUUUAUUUAUUCCAAAAUUUCAGUGAAAAAUGCGUGUGAAAUAUUAGCUCUAGCUGAUGCAGCUUGUCAUGAAGAUUUAAAGUCAGCUUCAAUAGAGUUCAUAGUCACUAAUUCCACAAUUAUUUUAAGGUUACCACGGUGGCCGUCAUGGAUGAAAAAUAACAUGAAAUUGGCGACUGAAAUUUUGACUAAUUUAACGUCGAAUUUUUCCACCUUAAAAACUGCUGAGGCGGCUAUUGAACAGCAGUUAAUGAUUAAAGCAACUACUCCAGCCACGGAACCUUCCACUUCUGCCCACGAAAACCAAAGUCCAUCCACUUCACAUAUGCGUGGAAAUCAAAAUGCAUCUUCGUUGGGUCACAUUUCAUCUUCAUCCAGGCGCAAAUCUGAAACUUUUAAUCACCCCGAGGGUGAUGCGGGCAAAUGCCCACCUAAUAGAAGAAAAUAGAAGAUUUGACAAGACAACAGAAUAUAUCAGUGCUCCUAUUGUAGAGAGUUUGUUCUAAAGAAGUAUUUAAGCGAUAUUACAAAUAGUUGUAUAAUUUUUUGCGAGCUUUUUGAUUCGCUUUGAUAUUUCAAUAGAUAUGAGCCAUUAUAUUUGAUAGUGUAAUAAAUCCAGUUUUGGAAAAAAUGA